UUUAUGCAAAUUUUACAAAUAACGGAUGGAAAAAAAUGUGAAAGUAAUUAUUUCACAUAAUCUAUUAUUCAAAAAUAAAUAUCAUACAUUUUUAAUACAACUUUUAUAAUAUUGCCGUUUUAAUCGAAACAUUUAGAUUAUAUAAAUAUAUAAUAUAAUAUAAUAAAUUGAAUAAUAAUUCCUUAAUCAAAUUAUAAGUACGAAUAAACAUUUAUAAAUAUUCAAAAAUUAUUUUUCAAAAAUGUAAAAUUGACAACUUGUUAUUGAUACAUGUAUUUUUUGCAAAUAAUAUAUUUAAUAUAUGUUGAAGUAUAAAUGAUGUCAUAUUCGUGUACAUAAUGGCAAACGCAUUUCUGAAUAAAACAUGCAAUUGAAAGUGUGCUCGACAGUAUCGAAUAACCUGUCGUGCUAUCAACAUCAUAGGAAUAACUAAGCGUGUUUAAAUUUUCAAAAAGUGUUCAACGUUUGUGGCGAACGACAUACGUUUCUUUCCUUACAAUAUACAAUUAUCUUUGGUAUCAUAAAGUAAUUUUAUGCAAGGAAAACAUUGAACAAUGAAGCUUUUAAUAAUUUUCACAUUGAUGUUAUACUUCACCAUUACAUAUGGUCAAUUCAGAGAUGAAUACAGAUAUGAACCAUUUGUUGAGAAACCAGGUUCCUGUCCACCACCAUUGCCAGUGUAUAUUUGUAGUCAAUCUUGUUUUUCUGAUUCACAUUGCUUAGGAAUUGGCAAAUGUUGUCCUACUAAUUGUGGAGGCUUUGUUUGCACAAAACCUGUGACUAUGAGGAAAACUUCUAAAGAAAAACCAGGUUCCUGCCCAGCAAUACCUAAAGGAAGAUGGAUAUGUUCAUCAACUUGUAGUGUUGAUAGUGAUUGCAGAGGAACAAUGAAAUGUUGUAAGAAUCGUUGUGGAGCCAUGGCUUGUCAAAAGCCAGAUAUUCAAGAAUCUAUAGACAUCCCACUGUCAGAAGAUUCUUAUGAUAUUUCCAGAAAUGUCAAUCCCAGAGUCAAUCCAAAUAAUUAUCCUUAUUAUUUUUAUAAUAAUUAGUAAAAAUAAUUGCAAAUCAUGCUAAAGCAUUAAUAUGAAAAUAUAAUUUUUAUUUACUAUUAUAUUAAUAAAAUAUUCUGUGCCAUAUUUCUAUUAUACCAAAAAUAAAUAAUUGUAAUAUAUUUAUAUCAUUUAAUAAUAAAUUUAUAUUUUCAUGUUAA